AUGGCCUCCCACGCUGCGAUGCUUCUGGAUCCCAAGGGAUCCAAAAGGCAAGCCCAGAGAAAUGGUAAUUCUUCCACUUUCUUUCCCCCAGCGAAUGAUAUCUCUCCCAUGGACCCCGUCCACGAAUACCCCAUGCGGCUCGAUCUUUCCGAAUUCCCAGGCUCACUUCCGGAAGGCACAGGAAAACAGCGAGCCAAUGGAUCGUCUCCUGCUUCUCCCAUGGCACCCCCAGGCACUGCAACUGCCAUACGCCUUCAUCAACCAACCGUUCCAAUGUUCUCAGAUCCCUCAGGCAUCUCGACUUCGGCUGAGAAGUCAGAACCCGACUUGACGGUACAGUUUGCCACCACGCAUGAUGAAGGUAGUGAAAGCGAUACCAAACGAAGCCAUCGCGAAAUCAGCGACGACGAAGGCGCCAUCCGCCGCCCCAAUCUGAUCGAAGAUGUCUAUGGCGUCGAAAAGCGGAAGCAUCAACCGGCAAAGAAAAUGAAAACAGGGCAUGAUUUGGAAGAGCAGCCGAACAUGACAAAAGCACCGGUCUCGAUUUCUGAUAAUAGCGGAUUGGGGAAGUGGAUGAAAGAAGACGAGGGGAAAACAGCCCCAAUUCCCACUGCACCCGCCGUAGUCGAUCUAACAGCAGACCUUGCGAACACACCCAAGGAAGAUGACGAAAUCCAAUGCACCGGCUCAGCAGAUCUCCGCGAACAGCGUGUUUGCUUCGGCAGGGUUGAAGGCGCAAUGAUUACUGCGCAUUUAGUCCCCAGACCGGGGGCCUGCAUCUCCAACGACUUCACAUGCGUUUGGCCAUCCAUCAAAAUAGACGUGCGCCGUGAGCCUACGAAAGGCAAAUUUAUCAUUGACGUUAGAGACCCCCACGGCCAAGUCUUUGGCACAGUUGACUCUAGAACGGCACAAGGGCUAUGUCCAAUCCUAGACUCACCAGCAACCCCCAUGGAUUUGACUGGCCUAUUGGAGACCCGGAGAGCAUCACCAAAUGAAGAAAUCUGGGGUCCCACGUCCGCGGUAUGGCGUGUGAGCCUCAACCUUUACGGCCUACGGAAGCACGCAGAGGUCAUUGGCAGAUUCCUCUCUCAACGCAAUAUCUGGCUAGGAAAUCCAAACAUUGUGGACAAAGGCGUGGCAGUUUUCAAUCCACACGCAGAGGUUCGACGCCAGCUUGCCGCAGCCGCCACACCCGCGCGCGCAGAUUCGCACUAUCGUUACGAAGUUCGAACUGCCGAAGAGGCCAACGAUGCAGUCAAGAAGAUGUUUGACCAGCUCACCACCGCUGACAUCCCAAUGAUGGAGCCGUCUCAUCAUAUCACUACGCCUCUGCUCCCUCAUCAGAAACAAGCCCUUUGGUUUAUGACAGAGAAGGAGAAGCCGCGCAAAUUUGGCCGGAAGGAAGCGGACAACAAUUCCUUGUGGCGAAUGGUUCCUGCAGCCAACGGGAGGAUAAAGUACCGUGAGAUCAUCAGUGGAAUGACUUUGGACGAGAAACCUGAGGAGGCCCUGGGUGGCCUGUUAGCCGACAUGAUGGGCCUUGGCAAGACUUUGAGCAUCCUUUCGUUGAUCACGGCCUCACUUCCAUUGGCUGAUCAAUGGUCACAGAUGGCUCCUGAUGCUACCCUUGCCCGUCAUGUCCCAGGAAUUCGCAACACGCGGACAACGCUCCUAGUCGUUCCAUUGAGUGCAGUGAGCAACUGGGUUUCACAGAUAACAGAUCAUCUCAAGCCAGGCUCGGUUACCUAUUACAUCUUCCAUGGCCCAAAUCGCACAUCUGAUUUCAAGCAACUUUCCGAAUUUGAUAUCCUCAUUACCACCUACAGCACCGUUCUCAGCGAAAUCGCGGGGCGUGGGGCCAAGAGUGGGAAAAUCAGCCCUUUGACGAAAAUGAACAUGUUCCGGAUUGUUCUUGAUGAAGCUCACGUCAUCCGAGAGCAGAAUGCGGCACAGACCAGGGCAAUCCUCAGUCUUCACGCUGAACGUCGGUGGUCGGUUACUGGAACUCCGAUCCAGAAUCGCAUGGAAGACCUUCUGUCUGUGACUAGAUUCCUGCGCAUCGCUCCUUACGACCAACGAAACCAUUUCUCACGUGUAACUGGCUCGGUCAAAACCGCGGACCCCGCUGGCCUCACCCAGCUGCGAGUUCUGGUGGAUUCAUUCACGUUGCGCAGAGUCAAGGACAAAAUCAACUUGCCGCCUAGAGAAGACAGGAUCAUCGUACUUGACUUCAGUGAAAAGGAAAAGCAAGUACAUGACUUCUUCCGCGCCGAGUCGAAUGUCAUGAUGAAUGUCAUUGCUGGGGAGCAUAGGCAAAAGAUGAGUGGCCGGAUGUAUCACCAUGUUUUGAAGGCCAUGAUGAUCCUUCGCCAAGUCAGUGCACAUGGAAAAGAGCUCCUCGACCUUGCGGACCGGGAGAGAAUCAAAGGAUUGUCUGUCCACGACGCGAUUGACCUGGAGGAAGGCGAACCCGAUGACACGCCUGCUGUUAUAGACAAAAAGGCGUAUGAAAUGUUCAGCCUCAUGCAGCAGAACUCAGUUCCCCGCUGUGGCAAUUGUGGCAGAGAACUUGAUGAACCUCUGAAUGCGGCUGGCAACGUCGCGCGUGAUUCUCCGAUGGCCAUCUUCCUGCCAUGUUAUGACGUCUUCUGCCCCGAAUGCUUCUCUCACUGCAAACCUGACAGUGCAAGUCCCGAGACCGUCAUAAGCUGCCCCCGGUGCGAGGCCCAGGUCCCCUUUAGAUUCUCAACCAUCAGUCCUGCUGGAUUUGAGGAAUACGAGACUCAGAAAGAAAAUGAUCGACAGACCCGCAUGAAAGGCAAGAAAUUCGGCGAUUACGAAGGACCGCAUACCAAAACCAAAGCACUGAUCCACCAUCUCAAGGAAAGUGUUGAGGCUAGCGAGAAGCUGGAAGGCGAGUCGCCCAUCAAAAGCGUUGUGUUCUCUGCAUGGACCUCGCACCUGGAUCUUAUUGAGAUCGCCUUGAAGGACAAUGGGCUCGAUGGGUUCACCCGGCUUGAUGGUACCAUGACACUCGCCGCACGCAGCAGGGCGCUUGAUGAAUUCGCCAAGAACGAUAAUAUCAAAGUUCUUCUGGCAACCAUUGGAGCCGGCGGUGUGGGUCUGAACCUGACCUCUGCUUCGCGAGUGUUCAUCAUGGAGCCCCAAUACAAUCCAGCUGCCGUGGCCCAGGCUGUUGACCGUGUUCAUCGUCUUGGUCAGACCCGCGACGUGCAGAUCUUCCAAUUCAUCAUGAAGAAUAGCAUUGAGGAGAAGAUCCUGGAACUCGCUAAGAAGAAGCAAGAGAUGGCAGACACGAGCUUGAAUCGUGGAAAGCCAGAUAAGGCCAAGCAGGAGGCUCGCAUGCGUGAAUUGCGCACUCUCUUCGCAUAA